AUGAAACAAACGACUACAUCUACUCGAUCUAUGUCACCAUUUAACGGUAAAUCGAUCGUCCUCGAACUUGGCCAUGAAAUAGGCUUCAAGGCUAAACAAGAAUUGAUCAACUAUUUACGAGAACAUAAAGCACAUAUUUCAUAUAUUCUUACAGCUAGUACUGACUACGUUUUGGUUACCAAUAAUGUAGACAGCUACAAAACACGCCGUGCCAAACAGCUCGGCUUGCCAUUAGUCAAUGUUGAAUAUGUGUACGAGUGUCGUCGUUUGUCACCUGGUCAAACAUCAGUUGAUAUUAGCAAAUUUAUUAUCAAGUCAGUUGAAGACCAGGAAAAUUUUACAAAGACUGGUACUAUUUCCGUCACAGGAUCCCGAGCAAAUACGACCAAAAUUAAUAAAGUCGAUUUGACUAAAAUCAAGAUAUGGAAUUCAGACGAUGUUGAUUUGCCUCGUUUCGAUGAAUUAACACAUUGUGAAAUUGGCAAAUGGGCAAUUUUUAAAGAAACUAAUGAUAAUUCAGAUGUAUUUUUUGUUCUUGAACUCCAAGUUAUUCCUGAAACAUACUACGAUCAAACAACAAGCGAUUAUCGACUACGAUUUCGAUAUGAAAAACAGAUUAUUGUUGGUGAAAGUCAAAAACAAGAUAAAAAAGUCUUGAUACAAUAUGCGUUUGGCAAUGAUCCAAACGAACAGCUACAAUUAUUUACAUCAUACUAUUAUCGUGUAGCUACAAUGCCACGUGUAACACGAAUUCGCGAGAUGUUACCGGAUAAAUUAGGAUCCAAACUAUUAUUACGUUCUUUAUUUACCCAUCGUAUCGAUACACAAAUACUCGAUGAGAAUGUAUGUCAAUUGAUCGAAUCGAUUUGGCUAGAAUCAAUAGGUGAUCUAAAUAAAAUUUUGAGCGUACAACCUGAAUCAAUCAAUCUUAAAACAAUCAUUGAAGCCGAAGCUGCCCUACUCGAACUUAAAUUGACCAAUGAUCCAGCUGCAGCACUUCGUUUCUAUUCACUUAUUCCUCAUCGACCAGAGUAUAAUGUUGAUCUCGUAAAGAAUCGUCGAACAUUGACCGACAAGAUAGAUUUAUGCCAAAUGCUUCGAGAUAUGCUAACAGUCAACGAACUAACUAAUUGGAAUGUUAAAGCACCGAUUGAAGCUAAAUAUCGAGCAUUAAAAUGUCACAUUGAAGCGGUAGAUAGUUCAAAAUCUGAAUUUAAGAAUGUUGCUGAUCUCAUUCAAUCGUCAACGGACAGUGAUGAAAAAAUUAUUAUUCACCAUGUCUUCAGUGUAGCCAAACAAACAGAUGCACUCAAUUAUUGUACAUCACUAUCUCAUCAACGGCAACUAUUUCAUGGAUCGAAAUAUGCUAAUUUUCUUGGAAUUCUGUCACGUGGUUUGGCUAUGCCAAAAAUGGUUGUUGAAGAAUUAGGUGUCGUACGUACUGAUAUUGGUUGUCUCGGUUAUGGGAUUUAUUUUUCUGAUUCUGCUUCUACAUCUCUGAAAUAUACAACAGCAAGUACAACACGACCAGGUCGAAGAUUAUUGUGCAUCUGUCAAGUAGCACUAGGCGAAUCGGCUAAUUAUUAUUCAUUUUCGCCGACUCUUACUAAACCUCCCAAUGGUUUUCAUAGUGCCCAUGGUGUUAAGCGAACGGAGGAAAAUCAUUCAAUGUUUACUGAUAACGAAUAUGCAAUCUAUCAACUUGAUCAACAACGUCUACUCUACAUUGUGGAAGUUUCAUGGGUACCAAAUGAUGCUCUCAAUAUUGAAUUAGAACGAUUACCGAUUGUUCAUCAUCAACAACAUACAUUAAAAUUGAGUGAACAUGUCGAAGUGCCGUUGACAAUCGAUGAUGAAGUCAUUGAAGUAGCUGAACAAGACUAUGGUUUAAUAUGUCCUUCGUCAGGAAAACUUGUACCACUUAAAUCAUUUCAUAUUCGUGCUCAAAUUGUUGAUGCUACAGUUGAAGUUGUUCUUUAUCAAGUCUAUCAUAAUACAAGUUCGACACCAAUUGAAGCCAAAUAUGUAUUUCCUCUUGAUGAUAAUUCAACUGUAUGUGGUUUUGAAGCACAUAUUAACAAUAAAAUUAUAAAGGGCAUCGUCAAGGAGAAAGAACAAGCUAAAAAAGAAUAUCGAGAAGCAAUUGAAAAGGGUCAUGGUGCUUAUUUAAUGCAUCAAGAACAAGCUCAAGUAUUCAGUGUAGCUGUUGGCAAUUUACCAGCGAACAAUGAAGUCAUUAUCAAGAUAACUUAUGUUGCUGAAUUAGAAAUCGAAAAUGGUGAUAUUAUUUUUCGCCUUCCAGCCAAAAUGGCUUCAUGGCAAUCAAAACAAGCGAUUGAAAGCAAAGAUCAAUCGAUUGUACGAACCAUCGAUAUUAUAGAUGAAAAAGUCGAAUUUAGUUUUAAGGCAUCGAUUCGAAUGCCCUAUGAAAUAACUAAAUUAUUCUCGCCAACACAUCGUCUUCGUCGAAAAUUAACCGACUGUAUAGCCAUGAUCGAACUUGUUGAUAACGUUUUAAUUGAUCGAGAUUUCGUUCUUUCGAUAACACUCAAAAGUGCUAAUCUACCUCGAAUAUUAAACGAAACAUUAUCAUUGGAUGGUGACAGCGAAACAACAACGACAACAUCGAACAAUGUUGAUUCUCAAGCAUGUAUGCUGACAUUUUAUCCACGAUUCGAAACAUUAACAAAUUCGUACGAACAUAUUGAAAUUAUAUUCAUUGUUGAUGUGUCGAAUUCGAUGGAUGGUACACAUGUACAACAAGCUAAACAGUUAGCACAUUUGUUUCUUACGAAUUUGAAAGCAGGCGACAUAAAUACAUAUUUUAAUAUAGUGACGUUUGGAUCAGAUAAUGAUGAAUGUUUUCCUAUUUCAACAUCAACUACAAAAGAAAAUCUUGAUAAAGCUAAACACUUUGUUUUGCAUUCACUUGUUCAUCGUGGUAACACGAAUCUAUUUGCUGUUCUUCACCGUUAUUCAUUGUUACCAUCAUCAAAUUUUGGUCGACAAUUUAUUAUUCUCUCUGAUGGACAUAUUCAUGAUCUUCAAUCGAUUCUUGUUUUACUCGAACAUCAAUCAACUAUGCGUCGAGAUCGUAUAUUUGCAUGUUCAAUUGGUAAUGUUGGUAACAAACAUAGUUUGAAACAAUUAGCAAAUGGAGCAAGUGGAGGUGGUCUAACAAUCGUAUUCGAUUCGAAUUAUCGAUCGAAAUGGAAAACAAAAGUAUUAAAUAUUCUCGAACAAGUUCGACAACCAUGUGUUACAAGUAUAUCAAUUGAUUGGCAUGGUCGUUUUGAUGAACAACAAAAAUUUAAUAUGCAAGCACCAAAAAUAAUUCGAUCACUGUUUAAUGGAAUGCGACUUAGUGUCUAUCGAUUUAUACAAAAUUGUCAUAAGGCCAUAUUAACAGCUACUAUCGAUGGACAAGAAUAUGUUACCACUGUAUUUAGUAGUGCAACGACAACGACGAAAGGACGUAUCCUACACUGUUUAACCGCUCGAGCCAUUAUCGAUGAUUAUGACAAUGGGCUAUUGCAUAUAGAUGAAAGUGAAAACGAACUGAUGAAAGUUCAAUAUAAACAAGAUCUCAUUGAUCUAAGCAUCAAACAUUCAGUCGUUAGUGCAUACACUAGUUUCGUUGCUAUCGAAGAACGUGAUACUAAAACAGAUGCAAAAACUCUUCAACCAGGUGUUCGUCUUCUUGAUGUUAUGCUCGAUCGAGAUGUUGACUUAUUACCAUACAUUGGAUGGGAUGGCGAUAUAUCAACUUUGGAUACAAUCAAACAGAAAUUAAUCGAAGCACGUAUUACACUCGAAAGUGCAUCGAUUCAAAACAAAAAAGAAUCCGUAGUUGAUAUUGAAAAACUUUGUGAAAAAAUUUCCUAUCGGGCAGGUGGCGAUGCGAAAUUUGAUAUGAUGAUGAGUAUCAUACGCACAUAUCGUUAUGUAUUGAAUGAGCAUGAAAAAGCAAAUGAAAUCGAAAAUAAAAUGCAAAAGAAUCUUAAGACUGAAAUGAUUAGUGCAACGACAGAAGAACGACGAGCAUUACAACAACAAUGCCAAGCUAACAAUUUGAUAAUCACAAGUGAUGAAGAUGAAUCAUUAGGCGACUUCAAUGAAUAUGCUUGCUACAAACUUCACUUCAACGGAUUAACAAAAACUCAACGACUGGAAAAGAUGAGAAAUAUAAUGGCGUCGUUGGGUGAAGUGCCAAAUGCCUCUGACGUACCCUCUACACCAUCAUCAUUAUCAUCAUCAUCAUCAUCAUCAUCGUCAUCACUAGUACUUGAACCAGUAAUAAUAAGUAAAAAUAACGUAUCAAUUACUACACAUAACAAAAGUUAA